UCCAGCUCAGCCUCUUACAAAGGAGGGUUUGGAUUUUUGCAAGAAAUGUUUUGGUAACAGAGCAAAACAGAGACGCAAAUGCUACCUGUGUAUCAGUUUGCAGCCGACUAAUGUGACUCCUGAACAAUAUAAUUAGCACAGAAAGAAUCUUCACAGAUAUGAAUCAAGUCAUGCUGCUGUUGCUGAUGGCUGCGUUGUCCUUGCUGGUUCACUCGGUUCCUGCCUAUAACACGUCCCUGCCGCUGGACUGUGAGGAUGUUUACAACCUAAAGAUAAGUGUAAAGAAGAACGCCUCUGUUCCCAGUGGAGUGUACACCAUUUAUCCAUCAGGGUCUAAUAAACCCGUGGAGGUGUACUGUGAUAUGGGCUGCCUGGAGAACGGUGGGCAACACAAUGAGAAAUGGACUGUGAUUCAGAGGAGAAUCGACGGCAAUGUGAGUUUCUACCGGCCAUGGGAGCAGUAUAAGAACGGAUUUGGUGACGCCAAGGGUGAAUACUGGCUAGGUCUGGAGAACAUCUUCCUGAUGACCUACAGGGAGAAGUAUCAGCUGAGAGUGGACAUGGAGGAUUUUGAGAAAGGCAGCGCCUACGCCCAGUACACUUUGUUCUACAUCGACCCAGAGUCCAGCAAUUACAGGCUGAAUAUCGGUGGCUACAUCAAUGGAGGAGCAGGAGAUUCUUUGUCCUACGUGAAUGGGAGAGACUUUUCAACAUUCAACAAAGACUAUACAGGAUACUGUGCGGAGACGUACAGUGGAGGAUUCUGGUACUAUGGCUAUUGGACGUGCCACCUCGCCAACCCCAAUGGCCUGUACAAAUAUGGGAAUGUGGGCUCAUCGUACACAGGGAUCAUGUGGCAGUCCUGGAAAGGUUACAACUACUCUCUGAAGACCAUUGUGAUGAAGAUCAGACGGAUGGGUCUGGAAGAUCUUGAAAGUCUUUAGGUUUCCAGAAUGCUAGAAGAGUAGAAUAGAGAGGAAUAAAUGUAAUAUCUCUAACUGCUGCUUCAGUAAAAUGGCAAGAAAAUUAAUCAAUUAAUCCUAAUCUUCAGUCUUUGGGUUUAUCCUGUGGUAUAUCCCUCCUGUAAUAUCCUCAACUCUAUUGAUUCUCAACUCUAUUAGUUUCCUUUUUAAAUAUGUAUUUUGUUUCCGGUAUACAUUUAAAAUAUUUUAAACAAUCAAAUGUUUGUACUUCUUAUAAGCAAUGAAAUUCCUAUAUAUAGAAUGAAAUAAACUUUCAGUAGAAGA